GCGUUCGUAUAAAUAAGGGAAGCGUUCGUCUAUGUAGCACCCGUCUUAUCGCCGCUAUGAAAACCUUCGUCUGCGUCGUGCUACUCCUGAACACCCUUGUUUCAGGCCAACAGGGGUGCGGUAGGUCCAAGAUCCUUUCUCAGCUGGAAGAUGGAGACGGUAUUUUCGGCGGUCCGGAAGCAGUUGCUGGAAGCUGGCCCUGGCACGUCGAGUUACACAACGGACAGCAGUCCUGCGCAGGAGCCCUCAUUGAUGACCAACACGUGAUCACCACCGCCACGUGCCUAAGGAAGGCAAAGCCGGGGAUGCUCAGAGUGCAUCUGGGAUCACACACGCGAGAUACCAGGGAGAACACCGAGGUGGCUGCCAAGGUGCUCCACCAUUGUGAAAGCCAAAGCUCGUUCAAGCUAGGCAACGAUUUCGGUAUCCUGAGACUGGAGGCAAAGGUCAACUUCACCGACGUCAUCCGACCCAUCUGCCUCCCAGAGGGAAGCAGCGAGCUUCCAGAUAAGACCAUCCUGUACACGACCGGUUCGGAUCACAAAUCUGCGGGCGGUCUGUGUCAAGCGCGCACUGAAAGCAUCACCAACUUCCGUUGCGGCCGCGACUUCCAGAUAGCGGUGCACAACACCAUUUGUACGACCGCCGACAAGGACCAUUCCUGCAGCAGCGACGAAGGAGGACCUCUGAUGCGAGUGGUGGGCGGCGUCUGGUUCCUCGAGGGAGUCUUCAGCAAUCAGCUGAACAGUCACAGGAAACCUGGGUCGCCAAAGCGCUACACGAAGGUGUCUCGCUACAUCGACUUCGUCGACGGGUACCGCUCUCUCGAGACAAUCGCCGAGCUCAAAAAAUACUGUGACAAUUAGACUGACGAAUGCGCUGAGAUUUGUAGUAAUAAACUUUCUUUUGUUCUUGUGCGGACUCGAUA